CAGCUUUUUAGUCCAUUAUCAAACCUCAAGAACUCAAGGUGCCCACUGCCCGACUACUCACGUAACUAGCUGGCGCAUUUCGGAGCAAAUACUUCUAAAGUUAUGCAUUGCAUCUACUGCCCAUAGCUGUUGACCAAAAUCACCACCAGCGGCGACCAAGUCACGAGUUGGUUUCAGCGACAUCACGAGAUGUCCUACGUCCAUUUCGCCUACCCACAGCGCCUAUCAAAACUUUAUUCGGAUACGAAGUACUCCAGCCAGGCGGUCAUUCAAACGAACAAGAUCGAUAACCAUCCGGAGCUCGGUGCUCUCCAUCGAAAGUACCGUAUUCAAAAAGAUCGUCUCGUUGCUUGGGGCCUCGAUUGGAGAGACAAGGAUGCUGUGUCGCAGGACGACAUCGAUGAGCCUGUCGCUCGCGCGGGCUUGACAGAGACAGUUACGAGUGUUCUAGGCACUAUUAAGGAUAUCCUCGACGAGGCCGAUCGGAUGACAACAAAGUCGGGUACCGAUGCUAGUAAUCCCAAGGAUAGCAACACGAAUUCGAAUUUUGACCACUCCCGGUAUGAGGAUCUAGCAAAAGACCUUACCACUUCAAUUGAUAUUCUUUAUGAUCUUUCGCGCUCAAUAACACCUCGGAAAGAAUCUGCUGCUGCUUUGGCACCGCUAUCCAAGUCAAGAGCAGCAUUGUUCUCCGGAGCAUACAGCUCGUCUGAGAUAACUCUUGUGAACCCGAAUCUACCAAACCUUUCUUUCAAUACUGGUCUACCUCCGAAGCUUGACAUAUCUUCGUUGGUGCUUGCACAGGAGGAUCCGCCGCCCUAUGAUAGUACCGAAGCCCCGCCCCCUUGCCUUGUUCUUGGGUCGUUGGCGCAAUCACAUUCAUCAACGAAUCCUUGGAAAACAAGUGGAAGUAAAACUGUCCAUAUUCCAGUCCUAGUCGAAUAUGCCAACUUCGACCCUACUUACAGUACUACGGGCGUAGCACCACCCCUUGACCGACUAGAACAUUUACUCGCGUUACUCACUAAAUUGCAAACAGAUGAGUCUACAUCAGCGGCAUUCGUGUGUCUAGGGUUCUUCGAGGACCCGAAACAUGCUCGUUUUGGUCUCGUAUACGAGAUCCCAAGCUUCGCGAAGCUCAAUACGUUGGAGCCUAGGUCUAUUCAGCCGACACCGCUCUCGACAUUGUUGAAGGCCUCUUCAGCAUCUCAAAAAGGCAAUCCAACACUUCCGCCACCUUUAGAAGAGCGAUUUCGACUAGCAUUUCGUGUUGCAAAAGCAGUCAGUAAAUCUCACGAAAUCGAGUUCGAACACAAAGACAUUCGAAGCAGCCACAUACUCCUUUUUCGCAAUAGGCUGCCGGCUGGUCGAACUCCAGGGAUGGGUGCUACUGAUUUCAAUGUUAGGCAGCCGCUUCUCUGCUCGUUUGACUUGUUUUCGGAGUACAAUACUGAAGUGAAAGCACAAACACCUCAUCAAGAUAUCUACAGACAUCCUCAAGAUCCCCGUAACAAUGGAAAGAACACUAGUAUAGCCGGCCUACAUUUCGAUAUGUACUCCCUGGCUCUGGUUCUACUUGAAAUAGGUCUCUGGCUACCCCUGUCCGAUCUGUUCAAAGCAAAAUACUCACUCGAUGACUUCAAAAUUCGGUUAGAAGACCUAUGGAUUCGCAAACUGUCCGCCAAAUGUGGGUCUGCAUAUAUGCAAGCUGUUCGAGAAUGCUUCACGGUCGCAGACCGCAUUAUCUCUAAGAAGCAGACCGCGCAAAGUAUCCCGCAAAUAUACGGUUUUGUUCUCACAAGGUUGCAAAGAUGCUGCUUAUUAGACGAACACGAACCCUCGGAAGAAAUACACGAUGCUGCGCUUCAAGCUUCUGCCAAGGAACCAAACCGAAUCAGAAAGCGUCAAUUGUCAGAUCAAAAUGCUGGAAGUCCAAAAGACUCCUUCCCAUCGCAUAUCGUAAAACGCCUGAGCCUAGAGAAAGAGUCGCAUAUAUCCGACGCUCGAAAACAGUCAAAAGGAUCUUCAUUCUUUCCAGCACAAGCUCCCGUUGGCACAGAGCCAUCUGGUCUACAACCGCGGCAAAGUGUCACGCUACAUGACUUGUCCACAGCUCCUACCUUACGGGAUGAUGAUCCUACCACUUGGGACGCUCAAAGAAACAAUAUUCAGUCGCCUAGCAGAGAGAGCCUGUCAGAAAUCUCUUCGCUGUACAAAGAGAGCUUCUCUACUGCGGCCAGCAUCAUUCAACGUGCCUGGCGUACAAAAACGCAAAGAUCAUCGUUCAAAGAAUACAAGCGCAAGGUAACCAUCAUACAACGACGCUGGAAGCAAAAACUCGCUAUGCAAUCAGAAAGUGCGUCAAUGACUACUAGCCUGCAAGACUCUUCAGAUACAGAGUCCAGAAGCGCUCUACCAUACCCUACCCCAGAACCAGAGCUAGUACCCAUGGACACCACAACAAUGAGCAUACAGAUAUACGAAAAACCUGUAAGGCCCAAGAUACGCAUCCACCCUAUCAAAUUCCCCCAGAGCGUUACAGAUCAGUGGCACGAAUCCCUACUACCUCGCCUGGAACGUAUAAUCUCACGAGCAUUAAAGGACUCGCCAGAGACCAUAAGCAUUGAUCUUAUGGCGAUUGGAGCUACGCCGGCGGAAGCAAAACCGACAAUUUUUGUGACAUGCACAAGCACAUCGAAAGUGAAGACUGUGCUAGCCAGAAAGCUCAUAUAUAACCAUGAGAUCUUCGAUCUCAAGGUCCGUAAGGGACGUAUACGCCGCUCAAAGCUCGCCCAGAAGUCAAAUCGUAGUGUUUCACGAUCAAAUGGCAAUGAUGUAUCAAAGCCUGAGAAUCCUUACUACUACGAACGUCCGCUAUGUGGCGCCUCUAUUGGUGCGUUUGUCGGCAAUGAGCACCUUCCUCCGGUUUCUUUCGGUGGUGUAGUCAUAGUGGACAACGAACCUUAUGGCAUGACCGUACACCAUCUCCUAGAUCCACAGUCUGACGACGACGAGAGUGAUUCUGAUGAUGAAAUAAGUCCAGAAGACAUAACAAGGUCGAGUGCACGGUCUACCAGCGAUCCCUGCUUAAUCCAGAUGGGGUUGCAGCCUCAACUCAAUGUGCCAGAUGCUCUCGAUCCCUUUGACAUAUCUGACGAGGACUAUUCGGAGGAUGAUCUUGGUUACGAUUCAGUUGGCUCAGAUAUGUCUGAUGAUGAGACUGAUGUGGAGUCGGAUCAACUGUCGUCCGCCUCUACACAGGGAGAUGUUGAAGGGUAUGACGUUGGCGAUGGAGAUGAAUUAUACAUCACACAGCCAGCGUUUCAAGAUGUCGAUGAAGAUUUCUUCCCCAAUGAUGAAGACGCACCUGAAGAUCACCUGGACUCUUUUACAUUGGGUCAUGUACACGCUUCCUCUGGUGUUCGACGAUGGACUCAAAAUGGUAUUGUCCACGAGAUUGACUGGGCGCUACUGAAACUCAAGGAUGAUCGACUUCAGCCUUUCAACCUUGUUCAGGGAGGUGGUAGAUACUACACCAAGAGAGAUACAAAGGGCGGUCCGCAGCUCCGGGAUCCUGUUUGUCGGAGAAACUUUACACCCGAAGAAGACGAGUACCCGAGCGAGGUUGCUGGGUCGAAGGAUAUCGGAGGUCUCAAUGUUCACUGCUUUGGGCGGACGAGCGGAUUGAAGGGAGGAGUGACUGGCUACGUCAUGAGUUCGGUGCGUGUAUACCAAAGACGAUCCUUCUCAAAAAGCUGGUCAGUGGUAGGUGGAGAAUUUGGGGAGGGUGGUGAUUCAGGAGCCUGGGUCAUUGAUAAUGAAUCAGGGCGCGUGUGUGGUCAUGUACUGGCGUAUUGUGAGCGCAAUAGAAUCGCAUACAUCUGUCCGAUGGAAGUGCUCCUUGCAGAUAUGAAGCGGACUCUGGGAGCCACCUCUAUCCGCCUACCAGGCAUGGUGGAGUCCAUAUUAUCGACUAGUCCAACGGAGAAGGAAAUCGGGAUCAAAAUACCACAACAGUCGGAGAGAACCUCGUACGGUCUACCAGACCUUCAUAAUCUGAGUUUGGGAGAAACGAAUAGUUUGAGGAGUCGUGUACUUGUAGAUAGUACUCCCAGUCAGAUCGACGUAAGCCUUGGGCGACGUAGGCAAUUCGCAUAGUAUAUAUACCCGUCGUCAUAAAUGUUAAUUCGAUUUUUGUCCCUUCAACUUCCUCU